CACACAAAACCCUAAACCCUCAAGAAGCUGACACCAAAACCUUGGUGACAAAGCUUUUAGCUUCUUCGAUCAAGGCAUAAUUAGCCAAAACGGGUCUACCUGUGUGGAUGCUUGGGUUGGGUGCGGAUCGGUUGCGGGCCGAUAUGAAUCGUUUACUUGCACUACUCUUCCACCAGGGAGUGCUGGAUGAGCAGUUCUUGCAGCUCCAGCAGCUUCAAGAUGAAAGCUCCCCUAACUUUGUAUCAGAAGUUGUCAAUAUCUACUUCCAUGAGUCAGAGAAGCUCCUGAGGAAUCUCAGAGGAUUACUGAUGGAUAGAGAGUUCACGGACUACAAGAAAAUGGGAAUCCAUUUAAAUCAGUUUAUGGGAAGCAGCUCUAGUAUUGGUGCCAAAAGAGUAAGAAAUGUGUGUGUUGCCUUUCGCGCCGCAUCUGAGCAGAACAACCGUGCUGGUUGCUUGAGAGCUUUGGAGCUGCUAGAGCACGAGUACUGCUACCUCAAGAACAAGAUGCACGAACUGUUCCAGCUUGAGCAGCAGAGACUACUGGCAGCUGGAGUGAGAUACCCAAUGCAGAAUUGAACCAAAACUAUGUGUUCUUCAUCCAUCCAUCCGUUUGGGUACUAUCUUCAUCUGGGUUUUUGCUAAAAACCAAGCGUACCCACCGGAGGGCUAAUGUAGUAUUGCUGCUAGUCUGCUACGUAUAAAGAAUGGAAAAGGGUCUUAUAUUGCCCGCGUUACUUGUCUUUAAUGUAGAGUUCAUUCCCUUUUCUUUCUUUUUGCGGAAUUUUGUCAGGUUGCAAGUUUGAAUGAAAAUGAAUUCUAGUCGAAAAUCGCAGUUCUGGUUCUGA